AUGUCCUUAGAUUUCAACGGUUUAGCACAACAAUUCACCGAAUUUUACUACAAUCAAUUCGAUUCCGACAGAACCCAGUUGGGUAAUCUCUACAGAGAUCAAUCCAUGUUAACUUUUGAAACUACUCAAUUGCAAGGUGCUAAGGAUAUCGUCGAAAAGUUAGUCUCCUUACCUUUUCAAAAGGUUUCUCAUAGAAUCACCACGCUAGACGCUCAACCAGCUUCUCCAAACGGCGAUGUUUUGGUCAUGAUCACCGGUGAUCUGUUGAUUGACGAAGAACAAAACCCACAACGUUUCUCCCAAGUCUUCCAUUUGAUACCAGAAGGUAACUCUUACUACGUCUUCAACGAUAUCUUCCGUUUGAACUACUCUGCUUAG